UCAGGACAAUCAAAGCACAUCUAAACACAAAGUGUAACAAAACAGUACUAUCUCCUUAAAAAAGUUGUGGCCAUGGGCUUUUGUGAGAAGCUUUUGCAUAUCAUAGUGGCUGGAGUACUGAUAAUGCUUGCAAUGGUGGCAGCAGCAACAGCAGCAACUAUGGCCAAGCCUGGCUGCCCCAACAGGUGUGGAGAUGUUGAAAUUCCAUACCCAUAUGGCUUGACGAAGGGAUGCUAUCUAAAUAAGACGUUUAAAAUCACUUGUAACGACUCUGAAAUACCAAAGAUAGGUAGAGUUGUGGUUACAGAAAUAUCGAUCAAGACUCAUGAGUUGCAUGUCUUGAAUAAUGUAGCCCAAGAGUGUUACAAUUCGUUGGGUCAACUUCUACGCAACAAAGGGCCCUUGUUCUGGGCAGGGCGGUUCACCAUUUCCAACAGCAAAAAUAAGUUCAUUGCUCUUGGCUGUGACACAAUUGCAUACCUUCGUGGGUCCCAAAACAAUGAUACGUACUGGACCGGGUGCGCAUCUCUAUGUACUAGCCUUCGCAAUGUGGUCAAUGGAUCUUGCUCUGGCGUUGGGUGUUGCGAGGUAGGGUUUCCGGAUGGAUUAAAAGAUAUUAAAUUGGAAGUAAAUAGCUUUUAUCAGCACGUCAACGUAUCAGACUUCAAUCCCUGCGGCUAUGCUUUUGUUGUCGCGGAUGGCAAGUUCAACUUCUCCGCCGAUUAUCUCCUCGAUCUACCGAAUGAUAAGCUUCCAGUGGUGCUCGAUUGGACAGUUGGAAACCUAACAUGUGAAGUAGCUCGAAAAGAACCGGAGUUCGCAUGUAAGAAGAAUAGUGAAUGCCUUAACCCUCAAAACAGGCAGGGAUACCGCUGCCAGUGCAAGCAAGGUUACCAAGGGAAUCCAUACCUCGACGACGCCCAUGGUGGUUGCAAAGACAUUGACGAAUGUAUCGAUCCAACUCUCAAUAAUUGCAAAACGAAAUCCUGUUUCAACAUAGAAGGCAAUUAUACAUGUAGUUGUCCCAAGGGGUACCAUGGGGACGGAAGAAAAGAUGGUCAAGAUUGUGCUGCGGAUCCCGCACCGGUGGCUAAGAUUCCCAUUGUUAUUGGCGUAAGCUUUGUUGCUGUGCUUGUGGGUAGCUCAUGGCUGUACAUCGUCUACAAGAAAAGAAAACUUAUGAAGCUUAGAGAAAGCUUCUUUCGAAAAAAUGGGGGUUUGAUUUUAAAACAGAAACUCAUCAAACAACAAGGAUCCAAGGAAACAGCCAAAAUCUUUACAGUAGAAGAGCUGAAGAAGGCGACAAAUAAUUAUGCAGAGAGUAGGAUCAUUGGCGAAGGAGGUUUUGGUACAGUUUACAAAGGAUUUUUACCUGAUAAAAGGAUUGUUGCCAUUAAGAAGUCCAAGACAGUGAAUCAAAAUCAAAUUGACCAAUUCGUUAACGAGGUUGUUCUGCUCUCCCAAAUUGACCAUAGGAAUAUUGUCAAACUCUUGGGCUGUUGUUUAGAAACACAAGUUCCAUUGCUAGUCUAUGAAUUUGUCCCAAAAGGUACACUCUUCAAUUAUAUAAAUCAUGAAAGUAGCGCAUCCACCAUACAAUGGGAAACCCGUCUAAGAAUAGCUGCAGAAACAGCGAACGCAUUAUCGUAUCUGCACUUUGCAGAUUCGACACCUAUAAUUCAUAGAGAUGUCAAGUCUUCAAACAUAUUGCUUGAUGAUGAUUUCACUGCAAAAGUCUCAGACUUUGGAAUUUCAAGAUUGGUUCCCAGAGAUCAAAAAGAACUGGCCACUGCAGUGCAAGGAACACUUGGAUACUUGGAUCCUGAAUACUUACAGACGAACCAGUUGACAGAGAAAAGUGAUGUCUAUAGCUUUGGAGUGGUCCUCGUGGAGCUACUGACAGGAGAGGAUGUACUUUCAUUCAAUAGGUCCGAAAAGGACAGAAGUCUAGCUAUGUAUUUUCUUUCUUCCUUGAAAGAUGAUCGAUUGUUUGAAAUUCUUGAGAAUCGUAUAGUUGAAGGAGGAAAUAAAGAGCAGAUCAAUGAAGUUGUUAAACUUGCAAAGAGGUGCUUAAGUGUAAAGGGGGAUGAAAGGCCUACUAUGAAAGAACUGGCAACAGAAUUAGAAGGAAUAAGAAAGACGGAGACGCAUUCGUGGGUUAAUGCUCAAUCAAAUCUGGAAGAGGCGGAACACUUGCUUGGUGAGACAUCUCAUGCUUACGACUACAGUGAAAGAAGCAGUAGUAUCGUUGGAUAUGACAGCAUUAAUGACCAAGUAACAUUAGCCUGGGGGGAUGGGAGAUAAAUGCAUGUGGCAUGCAUGAUAACAUCCGCCCUUCAUGACGUUUUUUUCUAAUGCAAUUUCCCAUUUUAUUUCCCUAAAAAUAAGGCAGGGAGAAAAAUAAUGAACUUGUUGCAGGCACGCUCCUUUCCCUGCGUUUAAUUUAUAUUAGUUUAGGAUCGUGCCUAAGAGCUAUGUAUUUUCUUUAUUUGGUUACUGUAGUAAUUAUAACUGCUUGUGCUUU